AUGACUAUGGGUGAUCUAUCGAACCUCAAGAGAGAGUCAAGGGAAAAGCGUGCUCCCUGGCUGUUGAAGUUUCGUUCUUCAACGGGAUUCAUCAUCGGUGCAGUCUGGAUGUCCACCUUCACGGUAUAUGAGAGUCCAGAAUUCCUCCUAUACGCCAUGAUAGUCCCCGUGAUGCCAACAGUCCUCGUAACCCGAGCUGGAAUCGAAUUUGAACACCGAGAAUAUUGGGUCAGUGUCCUUCUAAUGUCCGAAGCAGGCACAGCUCUGUUGAUGUGUCCUAUAUUCGGCUACCUGGUCGACCGCAGGCGCACACGCCGACUGCCCUUCAUCGGUUCUCUGAUCGUAUUGACUGGCUGCAUGCUGGUCUUGCAGCUGGCGCAUUCCAUUGCUGUAUUUGUUGCGGCUCGUGUACUCCAGGGUAUUGCAGGUGCUUUAGUGGUGGUCGCGGCAUUCGCUCUCAUCGGCGACGCUGUGGACCAGGAGAAUCUCGGUCAAACGAUAGGGUAUCUUGGUUCCGCCAUUGCCUCGGGCUUCUUACUGGGUCCGUUCCUAGGAGGUGUGGUGUAUAACUCUGGUGGGUACAACGCCGUGUUCUGGUUUGCGUAUCCUAUUCUCGCACUUGACAUGGUUAUGCGGCUGGUUUUGAUCGAGAAGGUCGCUGCUCAGUGGACUGGAGAGUCGAAUGGAGACAUAGAAUCGGUUCUAGAGACGGCGCAGCGUAUUCCCUCUGUGGGUUCGCGUGAACCACAGGUCACCCAGAGAAGGAAUGGCCUCGUCAUAUUCCGGAUGCUCAAGCAGCGCCGAGUGUUAAUCUCUUCGUGGGCACUUCUCACCCAGGGACUCUUGCUUUCUGCUUUUGAUGCGACCCUCCCAAUCUUCGUCGAAACGACAUUUGGUUGGAACGCCCUCGGCAUGGGACUAAUAUUCCUCCCAAUGGCUGUCCCGGCCUUCUUUGAGCCGCUAUUCGGCAGCUUCACCGACAAGUUCGGUGCCCGCUUCGUAGCCUUCGGCUGUUUUGUUUCUCUUUCGCCCACCCUCAUCUGUCUCCGGUUCGUUCACACAAAGUCGAAUGAGCAGAUCGCUCUGUUAGUAGCAUUGCUCUUCCUUACCGGGAUUUUCAUCCACGCCUGCGCGCCAGCCAUGUACGUUGAGACGCAGCGCGCGCUCACGGCGAUGGAACUCAAGAGCCCGGGAAUACUCGGACCCAAGGGCGCUGUAGCGCAGGGGUUCGGACUGCAAAGCAUGUGUCAAUUUGCAGGGGUGUUCUUUGGACCGCUUUGGGGAGGGUUUGUUGAAUAUCGUUUCGGGUGGAGCGCGAUGACGGGGACUUUGGGGGUCUUGGUAGCGCUCACUGCACUGCCGAUGUUGUGGUUGGGAGAAAAUGAGGAGGAAAGAGCUUUAAUGAGUUGA